GUUGGUCCUGUCUCUUCUCUUUAUCUUUCGCUGCGGUCUCUCCUUUAUUUAUUUUUAUAUAUCUUCCUCAGCACCGUUAGAUCUCUUCAUCCUCCACUCUUUGUUCUCUCCGUUUCUUAUUUUCUGAUUAUAUCUCUUCCCUCUUCUGCCACCCUUUUAUCCCAUCCCUUCUCCACUCUUUCGUUUUCUUUCUCUCUCUCUCUCUCUCUCGCUCAUUUUCUGUCACAUGCACGUAUUCACGUACACACAUCGUCUUAUUUCGUUGCUCCGCUAGUACAAAGACCGACUGGACGGUCAGUCUCGUACCAGUUAGCAUUCGUUUUGGACGUGUGCGAUCAAACAAACGGCAGCGGCGAAGUCGUUCCAUAGUGAGACCCCGCAAAGACAUAUCUUUUGAAAGUGAAUCUCGAGUCUCGAUAAUACGGAAGAGCUAAAGGAUUUUCAGAGAGAAGGAGAAAAAAUUCGGUUCCCGAAAUUCGCGAUUGUCUCGUGAAGAGUUGAAUACCCCUUCAUCGUCGUUUCAAAGAUUGACGAGAUGGGUAUGAUAGCGCGCGUGAGGCGUCGCGUCCGCGCGAACUCGCUGACGGUCGACAAGGAGAAAACGGCGCAAAGUGUCUGCCUUCUAAGCGCGGUUCUUCUUCUGCCCUAUUGCCCGCGCGGCCCGCUGCCGCUUCUGCCGUCGCCCGCACCGGUCCUGUAUUCAGCCCUCGUCCUGCCGGUCGUCUUAAGCGCGAAUUACAGGUACCCGGUCCCGACCCUCAAGACUCUCGCCGAGGCGGCCAAAGAUGGAGCCAAGAGAGCCUGGCAUCCCUUGAAUCGCUUCCUGAGACGGCUGUACGCGCCGGUGGACCGCGCGGAGAAUCUCUUCCUAAAGAUGCGCAAUCUCUCCGUCAUGGCGAACCAGAUAGUGUUCCUGAUCCUGGCCGACAAGGUGCUGCUGCCGCAGCAGAGGCUGACCUGCCUGUACACGCUUAUGUUCUACAACGUGAUAGCCUACUGUGUGAGCUACAUCAAGGAGCUGAUCCAGAAGGAGGACUGGUCGCCAUACGUCACCCUGACUGAGCGAUCCAAGAUCAAGCAUCUCGCGAUGUCGGCCACCAAGAUCGUGCUCGAGUGGACCAAGGCGGUGACGUUCGUCGUCACACUGACCUUCAUGCUUCUCGUGUUCGGACUGGAGCAAGGUCUUGAUAACUACAAACCCUCAAUGAUCUACACAGUGAUCACGUGGAUUUAUUAUUCGGCGACGGAGAAAGUUUUCGUCGAGAUGUUCCCGACGAUCCUGGGCUUCCUGCAGCUGGAAGCGUUGGAGAACAUCGAGAAUCUGUACGCGCCGGUGAUACUUCGUUGCUUCACGAUCGCCAUGUCGGCGAUCUUCAGCGUCCUACUGUUGCCGUCGGCUUCUUGGAGGUUCCUGAUGGUCGCCACGUAUCUGAACGUGUAUCUGCGAUGGAAGGAACUGGCGGCGAAUUCGGGCGCGGUGCUGCGACGGGAACGCGAGGUGCUGAAUCGCUACAGGAAGGCGACCGUCGAGGAAAUCGAGAGGUUCGACGACGUGUGCGCGGUGUGCCUGUGCGGCAUGACGAAGGCCAGGGUGACACCCUGCCAUCAUCUUUUCCACGCGGACUGUCUGCGACAAUGCUUGAAGACCAGCGACAAAUGUCCCAUGUGCAAACGCGAGCUCAAGUUCGACUAGAUUUAAACGACACGUCGGGAAAUAUAUAUACUCUUUUAAUUGCCUCCAGAAAGAUUUACGAGAUUCUCGGAACACGCCGUGUCGAAGAAGACGAGGGAAGAGGGAGACGUAUGUGGAUGACAUUUCGCGUCUGGAAGAUUUACGCCGUCUUUUAUAUAUUUCGAUUUACGACGUCAUUGGCGUCGAAAAGAUUUACAGCGUCUUUUUAGUUUUCUGAAGGGUUUAAGAGAAGAUUCAGGACGACAUUCUUGAACCCUUGUAUUAUUCGAGGAAAGAAAUCAAACAGAGAGGGAGGAAGAGCUUGCGAUAUUGUGGAAUAUCGGUAAUAUUCGCCUGGGGAAUGCAUGUUCCUUUAGAUAUACUUUACUGUGAUAUAGAUCAACAUCAUACACAGAAAAAAAGAUGUGUUAAAUCAAGACUUAUAUACUUGUAUACAUAUAAGCAAGAAUCUGUAAUCUUUU